AUGUCAGAUCAGAAGAGACUUAAGGAAGUUACUCAUUUUACAUUCUCUGCAAAACAGGAUAGUGACGAGAAAAGUGAUGUUAGAGGGAAUGUCGAUGAUUAUGAUGAUGAAGAAGAUAAUCGUGUACAUGAGGAAAUCAAAACAGCAAAUAUAAAGAGGUUUGCUUUGGUAGAUACUACUUCGGAAAGCAGUGAGCUUGCGCAUACACAUGAUGAAAAACGUGAUGAGCCUGCUCCCAGUGAUAGGAGAGGUUCUUGUAAUGAAAGUUUACCACAUUCAUUUAUAAGAGAGUCUUCUUGUGUUUCACUGUCGGUUACAUCAGAGAUUGUUCCGUCUCUCUCCACGCGAGUAGAUGAGGUGCCUCCUGAGUCAACACUGGGUUUAAUGGAAAAAUUCUCCUCUCUAAAUGCUGAACAGGACUUUCUCAAGUCCUUGUCUUCUCACGAUAUACGGAAGGAGGAAUUAAAAGAUAUAUUGCAAGCAUUCUCUACAUUCCCAAAUCAUACCGUAUCGAGUGAAAUUGGGAAUGAAAACAUGGAAGUGUCUGUUUUAAAGCCUAUCCAUGAUAAUGCCCCUGAUAACAAAGUAACUUCUGUUCACCCUCAACGGGUCCUCCAGAAGCGUAAGAACCCUUUAGCAGAAUUGUAUUAUAGAGGUAUUAAUAGAAGAAAAAAUUUAGAGGAGAAUCUAAAAGCCAUUAGAGAAGCUCAGGUUAAAGAACUUGAAAAUUGUACGUUUCAACCAAUUAUUACAAAACGAGGAAGAUCUGUUCGACAUUCUAGUAGUCACUCUGGAUACUACAGGCAUAACACACACCUUCGUCAACGGCUUCUUCUUGAAACAUGGAGAUCUGAGAGAAAUGAGCAGUGCCGUCCAAUUCCUGUGAUUUCUAAGGGUUCUGAAAAUAUAGUUCGUCGAGUUAGAGGAGGAAGUGCUCCAGUUAUUCCAGCGAGUGAACGAUUGUACAUGGACUCGGCACGUCGUCGAUGUAGAAUAGAGGAGGAAGAGGAAAAACCAAAAAAACCUGUAGUCGUUCGAACCCUAGAUGAUGUUAAAGCUCAUGUUGAUGGUCUUUACUUAAGUGAGGAGAAACGUAAGCUUGCAUUACAGAAACUACGUGACGAGAUGGAAAAGAAUACUUAUCAGACACCACUUCAUGUCAAUUCAAAGGAUGUAGUAAAUCGACUUACUCAAGGUAAACCAAAGUCAAAAUGUUAUCACUUAGAGAACGAAGAUGAUGUACGUUUUAAACCUAAGCUUAGCUCUACAACGAAGGUAUUAAGUGUAUGCGCAAGAAAACGGAGACUAGAGAAGUGGUACCGUUUUUGGUGUCAGUACCAAAAUUCAAAAGAAUUACCACAAUGUGCGAUUUUUGAAAAAAUUCGUGAUGCACUACAAGGAGAAACUUUUCCAGAUGGACUUUCCCUGGAUGUUUUUUGUAUCGCUCUAGAUAAAUAUGAGGAAACUCAUGGAACUCAGUUGUGGCAUUCAAUUUUGCCUCCUUCAGAGCCACACUUAAAUGAAGAACUAACUUUUGUACCGAAAGUAAAUCCUUAUAAAAGAAAAGAGAGUUCCUCUUCAAUACAUCAAAGAUUGUUUCAGGUGGCUAAAACAAGACAGAUGGCCUCAAAGAAGAAGGAUCAAAUGCAGCGUGAGGCGGAAUUUCUAGCAGAGGAGAAACGAAGAAAAAAACUUCAGUUAUGGUCUGCUCAAAAUUCAAAAGUAAAAGAAAAAACCAGAAGCGUAGGCGUUGAAAUGUCACAUACUACUUCUCUUCGCCGUGAGCUCACUCAAAAUGCGGAUUUUUCCUCUGGAGUUGGAUCAUCCUCAUUGUCACAAGUAUCUUCUUCUUCUUCUUUAGAACAUAUGGAACCCAUUUUUGCUUCUGAACUUGUGCCUGAGAAAUGUGCAUUAUUAAACCUUUUAAAUGCUGCAGAUGAUUUGCGUAAUUUAAUAGAUGAACCGAAUGAAAUAGAUAUUCACUUUUCUCCGUCUCCUUCAUCUAAUUUAAAUGGCUUACAGACUGAAGUAAACCCUCAAUCACAUUCCUUUACUUCAACAGUUGAGAUUGAAAUGGAGGUGGAAACAGACUCUGCCGUGCCACCUGUUUUGCCAUGCAAGCAACAGAAACCUAAACGCUUGACUGAUAUGCAGGUCUCAACUGAUAUCUUGCUUGAAUGUGCUCUUAGUCGCCGCACGUGGUCUGCAGAUGUGUCAACACGAAGGCGCGAACAGUGUGAAAAUCGUCGUCGACUUAAAGAAGUAGGCAAAACGCUUUAUCAGAGGAUGUAG